AUGAACGCCCACAGCACCUCGAGUCACCCGCCCUCUGCGGGUCAUGGCUUGAGGCUGAGCAACCGCCUGGAUGAGAGCCGUAGCCCCUACGUCCGCGGCCAUAUGCACAACCCCGUCGCAUGGCAACUGUGGGGACCAGAGGCUAUCGACCUGGCCAAAAAGUCCAACCGCUUGAUUUUCAUCAGCAUAGGCUACGCUGCCUGCCAUUGGUGUCAUGUCAUGGAGCGCGAGUCGUUUGAGAACGAUGAGGUUGCCAAGCUGCUCAACGACAACUUUAUACCAAUAAAGAUUGAUCGCGAAGAGCGCCCGGAUGUCGACCGCAUAUACAUGAACUACGUCCAGGCUACCACAGGCUCCGGCGGCUGGCCUCUGAACGUCUUCAUCACUCCCGACCUCGAGCCCAUAUUCGGCGGCACUUACUGGCCCGGCCCGGGGUCGACAAUGGCCAUGGGGGAGCACAUUGGUUUUGUUGGCAUAUUAAAAAAGAUUCGGGACGUGUGGAGAGACCAGCGGCAAAGGUGUCUUGAGUCGGCCAAGGAAAUCACAGCACAGCUUCGCGAUUUUGCCGAGGAGGGCAACAUUAGCAGGAAAGACGGCGCACGUCACGAAGUUUUGGAACUGGAGCUACUUGACGAAGCAUAUGAACACUUCAAAAAGAGAUAUGACAAGAUGCACGCAGGCUUCGGCAGCGCCCCAAAGUUCCCAACCCCUUCCAACCUCCAGUUUCUCCUCAAACUGUCGCAAUACCCAACUCCAGUUCGAGAAGUCAUCGGUGCAAAGGACUGUACCUACGCCAAAGAUAUGGCGCUGGCAACACUGUCUGCUAUGAACAAGGGCGGCAUACACGAUCAGAUUGGAACCGGCUUUGCGCGCUACUCUGUGACCAAGGAUUGGAGCUUGCCGCAUUUUGAGAAGAUGCUUUACGACCAAUCCCAAUUGUUGUCCGUAUACCUCGACGCCUACUUGAUGACGAGAAGUCCCGAGCAUCUCUCGGCUGUUCACGACAUUGCAACCUAUCUCACCAGUCCACCCAUGCAUGCUGCAAGCGGCGGCUUCUUCUCGUCUGAGGAUGCCGAUUCGCUGUAUCGUCCAAACGACAAGGAGAAGCGAGAGGGUGCAUUUUACGUAUGGACGUUGAAAGAAUUCCAAUAUGUACUCGGCGACAGAGACGCUGAGAUUCUUGCAAAGUACUACAACGUCAAGGAUGAGGGCAACGUUGCCCCCGAGCACGACGCCCACGACGAGCUCAUCAAUCAAAAUGUACUAGCCGUCACUUCGACGCCCACAGAUCUCGCCAAGCAGUUUGGCCUUCCAGAGGAAAAAGUCAACAAGAUUCUGACCGAGGGUCGGCAAAAACUGCUCGAACAUCGUAACAAAGAGCGCCCACGGCCGGGCCUGGAUGAUAAAAUCGUAGUCUCCUGGAACGGUCUCGCCAUUGGCGCUCUAGCACAAACGUCGGCUGCGCUCUCCUCGCAAGACCCAACACGCUCCAAAGAGUACCUUGCUGCAGCCGAAAAGGCAGCUGCAUUCCUCCAAAAACACCUCUACAACCCCGAAUCCAAGACACUGAUUCGCGUCUGGCGCGAAGGCCCAGGCGAUGCACCCGGAUUUGCAGACGACUACGCCUACCUCAUCUCCGGACUCAUCCAUCUCUACGAAGCCACAUUCAACGACUCAUACCUACAGUGGGCCGACGACCUCCAAAAAACGCAGCUCAGAAUGUUCUGGGACAAGCAGCACCUCGGCUUCUUCUCCACGCCCGAAGACCAAACCGACCUCAUCCUGCGGCUCAAGGACGGCAUGGACAACGCAGAACCAGGCACAAACGGCGUCUCAGCCCAGAAUCUCGAUCGCCUCGGCGCCCUCCUGGAAGACGCAGAGUACACGCAGCGAGCACUCGACACGGCAUCUGCCUUUGAAGCCGAAAUCAUGCAACACCCUUUCCUCUUCCCCAGCAUGAUGGACGCCGUCGUCACGGGCAAACUCGGCAUCCGACAUGCCGUCGUAACAGGCGACGGCCCCCGAGCCACCGAAUGGCUAACGCGAUAUCGCGAGCGCCCAGCCGCCCUCGCCACAAUCAGCAGAAUCGGCACCGCCACAGGCCAAUGGCUCCAGUCAAGAAACUCCCUCGUCUCAUCCAUGGAUCCCGCAAAGGAAGCCGUCAUAAUGUGUGAAAACGGCGCCUGUAGAGAUGCCCUGGUAAUGGACAUGUCGAGUCUAGAGGAUGCUGUCCCCAAAAUUUGACCCCCCCCCCCGUGAAACAACACUCCAAUUUUGAUACGUAGACGAGAUAGAUACCAUUGAUU